AUGCGAAUUAUGUUACAGUCUCUUCUAAAACCAUCUUUUCUUCUUUCGUUGAUCCCCCUUGUGCAUGCCCUGGAUCCGAAGACAGUCAUCGACGCAAAUGGCAUUUCACUUUUCGAUAAAAUCGAAGAAAUUGAGAGGCAGCUGCUGCAGCCAGCUACUCUCAACAGUCUCGUUCUACCAUGUAGUCUGAAUGCUCAGGCAGAUCCAAACGAGGGCCAGCAGACUUCAGCGGAAUGGGUACGAACUGUUUUCCAUGAUUGCAUUACAAAAGGUAUUGCUGGACCAGGAUUAGGUGGCCUCGAUGCGUCUAUUGGCUUCGAAUCCGAUAGACCCGAGAACAUUGGCGUUUUUGUGAAUGUUACAAUCGGUCAAUUCGAUCAAUUCAAUACAGUGUUCUUGUCAAUCUCGGAUCUUAUUGGAGUCGGACUUGCGGACUCCUUAGCUACCUGUGCCAACGAUCACCGCCGUCUGCCUCUACGUGUUGGUAGAGUCGAUGCUACCGGGCCAGGACCUGCUGGUGUUCCUGGCCCCGCGGACACCUUUGCGUUUGCGUUAGCUGCUUUCAAUCGCGCAGGAUUCAGUCAGUCUGAAAUGAUCCAAGCGAUCGCAUGCGGACAUUCAUUGGGGGGUGUUCACGGAAGUGAUUUUCCUGAUAUUGGUGGUCCAACAGGAAUCGAUCCCAACACUUCGGGCCGCAAGCCUUUUGACAGCAGCCCGGAUGUCUUCGAUAAUACAGGUGUCAACGAAUACAUUAGCGGCACCGGCUUGAAAGGAGGGCCACUUGUUGUUGGAUUGAAUUCUACUGAGAACUCGGAUCUCAGAAUAUUCAGUUCCGACGGAAAUGCUACAAUCAAAGCGAUGUUGACACCUCAGUCAUUUGAAGAUACUUGCUUCACAAUCUUUGCAAAGAUGAUGGCAACAGUGCCUGCUGCAGUUACACUUUCCGAUCCUUUCCAAGUCCGACCUUGGAUUAUGCGAGAGAGUCAUUUGGAUCUCACCUCAGCCGGUGCUGUACAAUUUAGUGGUAUUAUAUCUGCUCAUGGCGCAUCUACCCCUCCGAACACUGCAACCUAUGUUUAUGGGACUAAUGGAGGCGGCAAUACUGGACAAAAAACCAGUGGAGCUGGAGUAAUACUUCCUGGGUCUUCUCUUUCACCAAACCAGCCUCCAGAUGCAUCAGGUAUUGGCUACGGAGUUAUUAAAGAUUACAGCUUUAGCGACAUCAUCACCGGCCAGGGAGUUACAUCCCUCACCGUAACGAGCUCUGGAAGCACUUAUAGCGGAGCUAUCAACACAAACAUCUUCAUCCUUCCAUCUCAGAGUUUCCAGCAGCAGAAUUCAGGGACAGGAACCGGCCCGUGGAUGGUUCGUGUAGCCAUUUUGAGCUCUCUGACAACAGCAACGUCUGUUCCUGUAGCGACCGUAUGGCACCGAGCACCACAGGUCGGCUCUAAAGCGUCCAAGAUCGUCAUCAAAACCUCAAAUAUGGCAUUUGAGAAAACAUUGGGCAGUUACAAGAUCUACAAAGCAUCCUCGUUCUCGAGUGGAGCGAACCCACCCCUCAAUCAAGAAUCAGGCCAUUUCCGUAUCAAGCUGGGAAGUACACAGACUAGUGCAAUUGUUGCCACCACACUCUUCAAGACUACUUGUACACAAAAUGAUAUUUCGCUCUGUUAG